GAUAGUCCCUUGCUCGUACCUUCUACGUAGGGAGCUGUGACGACGACAAUUAACAGGACUCAGAAUUUGUUGAGAGAGAGAUUUCUAUCUCAACCUGAAAUUCACCAACUACACUUUUCCUCGUGCUCAACUCUCAAUGCCUUUUUCCUCAACAGGCUAUUGUGCAGGAUUCACCCAAGCUAUAAACUGAAUCCCACUUUAGUAUAAAGAUCGUCCGUGUUGACUUCCCUUGGUCUCUCUACCAUUUUUUCUAUUUCACCUCGAGAAACUUAGUUUUAGAGAUUCUAAGUUCUUCACUUCGAUCUAACUUUUCACGAUUAUUUCUUGUCUCCAGACUUCUAUUGAGGUCUUUCUCGUCUGCGAGGGAUCUACUUAAAAUCUACCUCUGAAUCACUCCAGAUCUCUACAGUUGCAUCGAUACUCCAACUGAUAAUCCAUUAGAUUCCUUGCUAUAGCAGCGGAUCAAAUUUGCCAAUAUUCAAUCACUGAGUUGACCCGAAGAUUUCUCGGCCCUUGGGCUCGAUCUAUUAAGAUUGUACGGCCCAUCUAACUUCCUUCUGAACGGCCUAUUGACGAGAUUUAUCAAAAUUCAUUGAUUGAAACUCUGAGGAUAAUCGAAGGACCCUUUUUCAUUCGAUUUCUCACAAUUACUCACAGUUUCCACAACAACUCGACGCUUCGAAAGAAAAACCACUGAAUAGGAUUGCGAGGCAUAUUAUUUUCUGUUCAGCUAGCCUUACCACAUUUCGCGCACUUGGAAGCUUUGAAUUGUCACAUUAUCAACCAUUCUACUAGCACACACAGACUCCUGCGCUGAAUACUCUUCUGCUUUUUUGCUAUUUUCUGCCUUCUGGUUCAUUCAUAUUCUUCUAUUUGAGCGUCUUGUUUUGAAGCUCACUGAAUUUGUUCUUUCUUACACAAAAUUUCUCUUUAAAUCAAGCAGUUUAACUCGCAACUGGAAAAUCAACUUCCUACCCUAUCUCGUUUUACAUUGAACUAUAAUCUUAACAUUGCCACAACAAGAACCGUCAAAUAUUUCAUCAUGGCCGAAAAUGCUAAUGAUGAUCAUGCUAUCGAGGGUAACAGCGACAGCUUUCUGGCUUCACUAUCGCCGUCGCCAACAACAAAACCUGAUGUCAGUUAUUUUCAUUGUCAGCAUCCAGAUUGUGGCAGAUCCUACGCUUCCAAGCAUGGACUUGACAACCAUAAUAAAGUUCAUUUUACUGAUAACGAAAAGCCAUUCAUCUGUCCUCAUCCAGGAUGCUUAUCAAGAUAUACAAAUAAGAGAGGAGUUACCCGUCACUUCAAUUCCAAACAUAGAGACAAAAGUGGCUGGUUUAAUUGUCCUACGGUAGAUUGCAAUUCUUCUUUUUUUGAAGAAAGGGGGCUCAAGUUGCAUCAAAGAGAACAUGGAGUAUUCCGCUGCACUGCAAAGCACUGUGCCUAUGAGUAUUCCACCGAGCAAGAGUUGUACGAUCACAGAGAGCGUAACCAUACAAAAUCUGACCUAUAUGAAGAUCGUACUAGCAAACGGCCAACAGGAAUAUCUAAAAAAGAAGAUUCAUCUGCACAAAAUUCAAGCGGAGAAGAGACUGGUGAUGAGAUCGUUGUUGAUGAAAAUCCAUUACGUGCGAAAUUCUCCGAGGACGAAGACACUUUUGAGAAUAGUUCUCCCUUCAAGACGCCUACAUACGGGAAGAGUAGUAGAAAUGGCAUUUCAAAGAGAGCCUCGUUACAUACGGAGUAUCCUGCAAGACCCAACAGCAAAGGCUGGAAAUGUCCCAAACCUGGCUGUACAGUCUGUCGCAAAGUACAGUUUGACCUUAUUACUCAUUGGCAGGAGGCACACAGUGAUAUACCAGAACCAGCUCAUUUUGAAUUUGUCCAUGGUCCAAAGUCAUCCGAGAAUACUGCCACUCCUACAUUUGGGGUCAAUGACCAUCGGCUCGGAGGACAGUCCGCUUCUGCUCAUCAGCCAGCUCGCCCCAACCAAGAAGAGGAAACUCGAGGUAACGUUAAUGAUGGUGCCCGAGGACCAAAUACUCAGCAACAGAGAGAGGAUAGUGCCAAUACUACAGGAAACAAGGAUACAAAAAUGAAUGAAUUGAACGCACAAAAUGCUGCCAAAUCAACCCCAUCCAACGCCUCUUCUCAUUUCCCGGCAGCAGCAAGCCCUCAAAGUCGCACUCAAAGAUCUAACAACGGUCCUCCCAUUAUCCCCCCUCCACGUCACGCAUCUAGUCUCGCUCGUCCAGCCACCAACGUCUUGGCUAAUUCCGCGGGCAACCUUUCUGGUCCAGCGGAAGGCCCGUUAAUCAAAACCCCACGCAGGAAGACAGCAACUGGCCUUCCCGCUCAGAGAAUCUUCGCCCGUGCAAUGGACACCCGUCGUAUGAGUCCUCCACCUCCUAGAAGCAAACAAGCCGCAAAGCCUGCUGUCGCUUUGGCCAAUGCCAGAAUGCGUACCCAAAGACGAUCUCAAACCUCUUCUCCCGCUUCUUCUCGUCGCGCCUCUCCUAUUAGCUCUGAUGAAGAAGAGGAAGAAGAGGAGGAGGAGGGUCUCUUCGUCUCGCCACCCGAUAAAGCCAAGAAUAAAUCCAAGGGUUCUCGCCGCGUAUUAGGUAUUCGAGGCUUUGCCAACAUGCCGUUGCAUAGAGAUCAAGAUUCUGACGAGGAAGAUCUUAGACCAAGCCACGUCUUGAGACAAGAGCGUCGUGCUAUUGCCGGCAAGUCUGUUAAGCCCAUUCGUGCUGGAGAAUAUUUUGGUGUGGGUAGGAAAAUCUAUGGUGAACCUAAGAAGAUGGGGAAGUCUACUGGAUUUCUUGCAACCCGUUUAACUGAUUCAGAUGAUGAUUCAAUUUUCGAGGGCAACGAGUUGAGUUCAUCCGGUAGCUCUUUUGGAGAAACCGAGGCCCCCCGUUCCGGUCGUCGUUCAACAAAUCAUAUCAACGCACGUGCCUCCAACUCCGUUCCUCGUCGCCCCUCUGUCAACAACGGCGACCCCCCAAGAACCCCUUCGCCUGAUCUUCCUAGAUAUCAACCCUAUCAAGUCUACGGUCCUGAUCUCGACUCUCCACCCCCAUCCUACCUCAUUAAAUCUCCUGGUAUUAUCGACCGCACUCUUCCGUACCCCAAUCGUCGAGAAGACAAAUCGCUCCCCGAUGUUGCUGCAGUCCAACCUGAAGAUCUCUUCGAUGCCGACGAUAUCUUCUUUGGCUUCCAAGACAUGACUCCACAUGAAAGAGAGGUACAAGAUCGCCUUGAUGCAGAGAAAGAAGCUACGAGAGCAAAUUCAUACGGCUCUGGGUUUCGCGCUCCACUACAUUUUGAUCAUUGUCCUUACACUGCGCCAAUCUGUCGUGCCGAACGGGCAACUUGGAUUGCGGAGAGAUUGCAUCUCGAUGUUGCGGAAGCUCGUGGCGAUGAAUCUGAAGAUCCUGAAUCACCAUUAGGAAUGGAUAGUGAUGAUGAUCGUCGCUUUGGCGUUGACGUAGAAAUGUCUGGUACCGGUAAAUCUACUUUAUCCAAGAAGAAGAAGAAGAGAGCAACUUGCUCGGGUCCAAUUCGUGAAAAGAGGAAGUACAACUGGAAUGAUCCAAUGAGGAAGAAUAAGCGUCGCAGGUGUAGUAUUUCUGCCGGUACAUCUCGUGGUAUCAGGACUCGCCGUUCUAAUUCUCGUGGAGACGCUCAAAUUGAUGGUGCCAACGAACAAGAGGAAGUCGUCAAAAACCGAAAGCCUGCUUGGGCAUGGAGUGAGGCCCAUGGAUCCGUGAUUGAUACACGGAAGCCUGUUGAAUUGGUACGUCCGGGUACUUUGGCCGCUGAAGGUGGCGUUGCGACUACUGAUCUCGUCGAUCGUGCGUCCGCUACUCAUUCUGUUGGCUUGGAUACCUUGAAUGCUUCGCGUGCUCCCGUUGCUGACACUGGAAGUGCUAAAACCUCUUUUGUUCUUAGUGAUGGAUAAAUAGCAAUCUUAUCCAAUGAUUCUUGAAUCAGAUCUAGUUUUCGGGAUGCUUGAUGGGUGCGGAAAUCUAUGGUUGCUUAGUUUGUGGGUAAUGGUGUUUGCUGGGGAGUUAAUAUUAGAUCUGUUCAAGGCGUUGGGAGUGAAUGGUGGAUGCUCUUUCUGGGAGCUGGCAUGUUAAUGGAUCAUCAUCAAAGAUGGCAGAUCUAACAGAGAUACUUUUCAUAUAUCAUGGAUAGCUGAGGAACUUCAGCAUAUAACUUGAGAUGGUUUAAUUAGUUAGCAGUAAUCUGAAACUGUAUUUUAUUUA